GGCUUCAGAAAGUUAUAAGUUAAAAUUGUAGGUAAGGGUUCAAGUUUUAAAAGGCUAUGUGACACCUUUUUAAAGUUUUUGUAUAAAGUUUUGAAAUAAUUGUGUGUACAACCAUGAUCUGAAUUCAUAUUAUCAUCUUGAAAUAUUCUAAUUCCAGCCGAUUCUACGUCGGAAGAAAAAUUGGAGAGAUGCAGUGCAAUAUUGAAAUAUGGCAUACCAGAAGAUGGUAGAAUGGUACGUUACUAUACCAACCAUGCUUUGGUUUACAAUCAGCAAAUGAGAAUCCCAGUCUGGGUAUCAGAACAUCUUACAAAAGAAAAUUUACAAGGUAAAUCAACUAGAAGGUUUGCAACUUUUAUGCCAGAUCCUGCCGUGGAUGAAGAAUUUACUGCUGAGAACAGCGAUUACUGGAAAAGUGGAUGGUCCCGGGGUCAUAUGUCCCCUGCUGGAAAUAACAAAAUUAAUCCGGUAAUUGGUAGUUAACCCUCUUGGAUAAAAAGCAAACACUGC